UUAGAUGUGUCUACUGAAGAUCAAUAAUGAAAAACAGAACCAGGUUUAGUGAGUUUAUUCUAUUAGGCCUCACAAAUCAACCUGAACUCCAAGUGGUAAUAUUCAUCUUUCUCUUCCUCACCUACAUGCUAAGUGUCCUAGGCAAUCUGACUAUCAUCAUCCUCACCUUGCUAGACCCCCACCUCCAGACCCCCAUGUAUUUCUUCCUCCGGAAUUUCUCCUUAUUAGAAAUUUCCUUCACGUCCAUUUUUAUUCCCAGAUUUCUGACCAGCAUGACAACAGGGAAUAAACUUAUCAGCUUUGCUGGCUGCUUAACUCAGUAUUUCUUCACUAUAUUUCUUGGGGCAACAGAGUUUUACCUCCUGGCCUCCAUGUCCUAUGAUCGCUACGUCGCCAUCUGCAAACCCCUGCAUUACCUGACCAUUAUGAGUACAAGAGUUUGUAUACAACUUGUGUUCUGCUCCUGGCUUGGAGGGUUCUUAGCUAUCUUACCUCCAAUCAUCCUAAUGAGCCAGGUAGAUUUCUGUGCCUCCAAUAUUCUGAAUCACUAUUACUGCGACUACGGCCCCCUCAUGGAACUUGCCUGCUCAGACACAAGCUUCUUAGAACUGAUGGUCAUACUCUUGGCUGUUGUGACCCUAGUGGGUACUCUGGCGCUGGUGACUCUUUCUUAUACAUACAUUAUCAGGACCAUUCUCAGGAUCCCUUCUGCCCAGCAAAGGACAAAAGCCUUUUCCACUUGCUCCUCCCACAUGAUUGUCAUCUCACUGUCUUACGGCAGCUGCAUGUUCAUGUACAUUAAUCCCUCUGCAAAAGAAAGUGGUGCCUUCAACAAAGGAAUAGCCGUUCUCAUUACUUCAGUUACCCCCUUGUUGAAUCCCUUCAUUUAUACCCUAAGAAAUCAGCAAGUGAAGCAAGCUUUCAAGGAUACUGUCAAGAAGAUUGUGAAAUUUUAAAAAACCAUAAUACAUUUCAACAAAAAAAUUUUUUUCAUCUAAUAAAUAUUCAUUAAAUGUCUAUCUUUCA